GACCUGCGGGUGCGGCGCGGCGGGGACGCCGGGGUGCACCUGACGUCUGACCCGGCACCGACACUCGGAGGAGCGGAGGCCAGGCCUGCGAUCUCACGGGGCCCCGCAGCUCCCUGGAGCAGUAGCGCAUUUGCCUGGAAGACAUCGCUUUCCUUGGAGGGCUUGGUCCCCCGACUCCCACCUUCCGCCCUUCUGACCCCCCCCCCCCCGAGGCUUCGCUCACGUUAACGGAGCGCUCGUGGCCUGCUGUGAGCUAACAUCAGGAGAAUUUUCCUGAUCUGUUUUCUAGAGCCUCAGAGCCACCAGGAAGGAGCUCUAGAUAAAACUGUACAGGGAUGACGUUGCGACCGACGACCUGUGAAUUGGCCGAAGGAGCCGUGACUCCUGGAUUUGCGGGUCUGCGGGCAGAGCUGAGAUGGUCGGCCAUCUGACAUUUCUGAGUGGCUUCCCAUUUCUUAAAGUUAAGAUUUAUUUGAGAGAGAGAGAGAAAGAACAAGCAAGUGCAGAGGAAGACAUAAGGAGAGGAGAGAGAAUCCUCAGAUUCUCACUGAGCUUGGAGCCCAACACAGGGCUCGAUCUCAUGACCUCGAGAUCAAGACCUGAGCUGAAAUGAAGAGUCGGCCACUUAAGUAACUGAGCAACCCAGGCACCCCAGUGUUAAUUCUUCUUUAAGGAUGUUGUAGAAUUCACCUGAGAAGCCAUCUUAUCCUGCCUUUGGGGGGAGUUUGAUCACUAAUUCAAUCUUGUUUUUUUUUUUUAUAAGUAUGUUCCAAUAUCCUCUUCCCUCUUGAGUCAGUUUUGAUAAUUUGUGUGUUUCUAGGAGUUUGUCCAUUUCAUCUGUCCAAUUUGUUGGUGUACAAUUGUUCAUAGUAUUCUCUUCUCCCCACUGCAAGCAUUAUAUAGCAAUGUUGUUGGAACUUGCCCAUGCCUUAGACAAGCAACUCCUUUCCUUGGAGAAAAUUCCAGACUCCAAGCCAGAUCUCUCACUCCAGCUAAUUUUCUUUGAUGGGGAAGAGGCUCUUCUUCAUUGGUCUCUUCAUGAUUCUCUGUAUGGAUCUCGGCACUUAGAUCCCAAGAUGGCAUCAACCCCACACCCACCUGGAGCGAAAGAUACCAACCAACUGCACAGCAUGGAUUUAUUGGUCUUGUUGGAUUUAAUUGGAGCACCCAACCCAACAUUUCCCAAUUUUUUUCCAAAAUCUGCCAGAUGGUUUAAUAGACUUGAAGCGAUUGAACAAGAACUCCACAAAUUAGGUUUACUCAAGGAUCACUCUUUGGAGAGGUGCUAUUUCCAGAAUCAUAGUUAUGGAGGGGUGAUUCAGGAUGACCAUAUUCCAUUUUUAAGAAGAGGUGUUCCAGUUUUAUAUCUGAUCCCAUCUCCUUUUCCUGAAGUCUUUCACACCAUGGAUGACAAUGAAGAAAAUUUGGACGAAACAACCAUUGACAAUCUAAACAAAAUCCUACAAGCCUUUAUGUUAGAGUAUCUUCAUUUGUAAUAUUCUGUCUUAGUUUGUGGCAAUUGUAUCUAGUUUCACAUUCAGAAGUCAAGGCACAACUUAAACUCACUCCAGACAAAUGCCAUGUGAAACCUGUAUCUUAUAGAUUCAUUCUGUGUCUUUGAAUAUA